AUGCUUUUGAGUUUGGCCAGACUUUCUAGGCGACCCGAUACAAGACCUUUAUAUCGCCGUUUGCUUACAAAUCGACGUUUGGAUAUUUUGCAUUUGAGUGAGGUAUUGUCAGAUUCAUUACUCUCGCCUUUUUGCCUUACACUUCUUCAUUUAUUGUUACAACUGGUUUUAUUUAUUAUCUUUACGAAAAACCAAUUAAGAAACAAGAAAGGCGACGUUUGGAAUUUGAAAUUUUACAGGCUCAAUUGGCUGGGUUUAAAUUUAAAGAAGAAAAUAAUUAAAAUGAAUGUUGUUGGAAAGGUUUGUUUUUGAAUUAAUUUUUAAAUAUUUUUCUUUAAAAAUACACAAAUAAUUGUUAGUUUUAGAAAGAUGGAUAGGUGUCAAUAAAGUUAGGAUCAAAUAAAGUUUCCCCAUUGAAUUUAGACUGUAAAUG